AUGAAUUAUAUAGCAGAGGCAAAUGUGACGGAGGUGAACUCGCUGCUGUUGACCUAUGCACAGAAGUACACCCCUAGGCCAAGUAAUACCACGGUUAUCCCACCAGCAGAUCAAAUGGAAGUCUUCUACAUCCUUCUCCUUUUGGGAUUCUUUGGCUUUUUUACCUUUGGAAUAAUGAUGAGUUAUAUACGCUCCAAAAAACGCGAACACUCGAGUGACCCCUACCACACGUACAUUGCGAAAGACUGGAAUAAAGGCCAAACGUUACCUAGUACCAUGAGGAGCGUGUCGUCUUGCUACUUAGUAGAGAACACGUUUGCGGUGGAACAGCCUACCAGUCACAUUCCAUCCACCAGCUCCAACUGA